GCCUGCGGGGAGCAGAGCUUGGUCCGUUGCCUGGGGAGCCUGGCCGGCUAGGGAGCCGGGAACGUACCCCGGGCAAUGCCGCCGCCUGGGCUUUGUGUUAAAGGUACCCCUUGGCCGGUGGGAGAGGCUCCAGAGUGGGCCUGUUCAGCUGGGCCCCACUGUUUGGUCCCUCGCCGCUCUCAACAGGGCUUUCAUGGCGGAAAGGAGUCAGCAGGUCGCGUAUGGACUAAUCGUGCGGCCUUGCGUUUGCUCCUUGAGCCAUCAACUGCCCCCCGAAGGGCAUCCGAGGGACCCGCGGUCCAAGGUGCGCAGUACGGCUUCAUUUAAUGGCUAGGCCAACUUCUAAGCAGAUGCCCUUGGUACUGGAUAGCAGGUUUCUUACCUUCUGGCCCAUUGCUCUUCCCAGUGGAGUUUGCACUUCAUAUUUCUCAGGAGGAUGAUCCCUGGGGUUUGGAUAUCCUCUGGCUUUCGUUCUCAGAGCUUCCUCUCAGGCCUUGCUAUGAGUGUCUAGUUCAGCGACCUUCCGUUUCAGUUAGGAGUUCCUCACACCAACUUAUCUUUCCUUCCGCUUUAAAUUUCACGUGGCCUCACUAUCCUGGCCGUAUAUUGGACCUGGUUUUGUGGGUAAACCAUGGUUUCUCUCAUCUGCAGCUCGGCUCUCUGACAGAUUUCCUUCAGUAAGAGGUGACUCCUGAAGCUCUGCAAAACGAGUGUGGUGUGUGAUUGCAAGGCGUGAUGGCUGCAAAAGUGGUUCCAAUGCCCCUAAAGCCAAAGCAGUCCUUUAUACUGAGAGUUCCUCCGGACUCCAAGCUGGGCCAAGACCUACUUCGAGAUGCUACUAGUGGGCCCAAGACCAUCCACCAGCUGGUUCUGGAGCACUUCCUCACCUUCUUGCCCAAGCCAAGCCUGGUCCAGCCCAAUCAGAAAGUCAAGGAGACCUUGGUUAUUAUGAAGGAUGUGAGCUCAAACUUUCAGAACAGACUGCAACCUCAUCCCAUGGUGAAGCUUCUGCCCAGAGAAGGAAUCCAGCAGAAACAGGACCCAGUGUCUCUGUAUUUGAAAACUGAGCCUGAGGAACUGGUGGUCCUUGAGGAUUUGAAUAUAUUUCAUUCCCAAGAAGAAUGUGUGAGCCUGGAUGCUACUCAACAGCCCACCUCAGAGAAGGAAGACAAUGUUGGGGAGAUGAUGUUACUGGUUAAUGACGUUAAUCCUGAGAGUGAAGAUCUUCAGAAGGAAACUGUAGAGAAUGAAGAUCAUAGAGAAGGGACUUCAGAUUGUGAUGAAGCAGAUUUUUCUGUGGUCUCUGAGGAAUCACCAGAUUGCCAUAAAGAAAGACUAAAUACAUCUAUUCCCAAGCAAAGGAAAAUGAGAAAUCUUCUAGUUACCAUUGAAAAUGAUACUCCACUAGAGGAACUCUCAAAAUAUGUGGAUAUCAAUGUGAUUGCACUUAGCCGAAAUCGGAGAACAAGAAGAUGGUAUACUUGUCCUCUGUGUGGGAAACAGUUUAAUGAAAGUUCUUACCUUAUUUCCCACCAGAGGACUCACACUGGAGAAAAACCCUAUGACUGUAGUCACUGUGGGAAAAGCUUCAAUCAUAAAACAAACCUUAAUAAACAUGAGCGAAUCCAUACAGGAGAGAAACCUUAUUCAUGUUCUCAAUGUGGGAAAAACUUUCGUCAAAACUCUCAUCGGAGUCGCCAUGAAGGAAUCCAUAUAAGGGAGAAGAUAUUUAAGUGUCCAGAAUGUGGGAAAACCUUCCCAGAGAACAAAGAAUUUGUGCUUCAUCUGCAGAGUCAUGAGGCUGAAAGGCCAUAUAGUUGCAAAAAAUGUGGGAGAAGAUUUGGUCGGCUGUCCAACUGUACCCGGCAUGAAAAAACCCACUCAGCAUGUAAGACCCGAAAGCAGAAAUGGGAUCAAGAAAGGUCUGAUGAUCCUGCCUCAACCUGAAAUGUUUCAUAAGGAAUUCUGAAUUCCCAGGCUGUUUGAAAAUAUACAGAUAUGUGAAAACCUCAUUAUAGCCAAAAUUGGAUAAAUACCCAUCUUGGCUAAAACCUCAAAUUUUUAGAAAAUUCAUAGGGAAGAAAACAUCCUCAAGGGCUAUACCUCAGUUAGCAUACAGGAUUAAGGAGCUUUCUUUUGUGAACUUAUACAACAGUGUAGAGGCCGCAGAUCCCUUUCCCAAAAUGGCUCUGAAUAUGAGUCAGAGGCCACUUACCUGCAAGGUGAACAGAGUGACUCAAUGUAUACGGAAAGCAUAUCCAUUUUUCCCCACAUAGGAAAUCACACUUGAGACAAAAAAAUAAUGCGAAGGUCCUUAUCUGGAACUGUGUUCCCCUGAAAGAACCAAACUACUGAUUUGUUAAGCCAAUAGCUUCUGUUAGCAAUUCACAUAACCUUCUAAGAAUACCCUGUUAAAGCCUGAGUGUUGAAAGGGAUUGUUUACUCUGGAAUAUGGGAAAAUACAGCGAUUGAAUGUCAAAGACUUACUCUGUCAUUUUUAUGUGAUCUAAACAAUUGAUCUCAGUAACAUUUGCAUUUUGUAGUGAAAAGUGACUUUUACAGGAAUACUUUUCACAACAUACUUUUAAAGUGUCUACUGUUCUUACUGUAUUUUGUCCAGCUAUUGCUUAGACAGCAUUCUCAUGCCUUUCCAUUGCCAAAAGAAGUUUGGAUCGCUCAGGCCCAGCCACCCAGCCCCAUUACUGGAAAAGCUCUUCAGAAAUGUUGUCCCUCUGAUGAGCCAAGAAGAAAACCUGCCCAUAAAAGAAAUCCAAGAGCCUGAAGAGGAAGACGAAGACAUUUCCUUAGACCCAUGACUGGUCAAUAACCUUACCAUGUGCUUAAUUCCCCUCCAAGCAGUCAUCAGACCCUUGGCAAUGGGUGGUCACUACCUCACAAGCAAAGUGUUUUAUUUUUAGCAUUUGUCUCCAGUGGCUAGCUCACAUUGCCCCUCAUGGAGACAAGAUUCCAGAGUCUUCAUCGUAGUGGAUAUUUGUUCUCUUUCGCCUGAUACCCAGACUUUUCCUGACUCGUCUUCCCAGAGGCAAGGCCAGCGGUGCCUUCACGGGACCGAUCCUGUGGUGUGUUAUUUUAAAGAUUCCUGAUCAGUUUUUGCUUUUCUUUUAGGUUUCCUAAGGUUUUACAUUGGUAUUUUGAUUGAAAUAGGUUAAUCCUAUAAACUAUUUGAGAAAACAUGUUAGCUUUAUAAAUUUUGUUUCCCAUCCAGAAACAUGCCUUUCCAUUUAUUAAAGUAUUAUAUUCCUGAGUAAAUUUUUCUAAUUUUCU